AUGGCCAAUUUACAGUUUCAAGGCAAGUUUGGUUAUUUUGGAGACUUUGUACAGUUAUUAUAGCUUGUUCGAGUACGCAUAGUAAUUUUGUGACAGCUACAUAUAUACAGUUAAACAUCUUUAUUAUGAGCUUUGAUAUAAUAAUAGUACACUGAAGGGAUUGUAACAAAAUGUUAAUAUAAAUUGAUUGUUGUUUUUUAAUAUUAGAUGGUUAAAUGUACAAAGAAUUUAGUAGGCAUGAUAUUUGUGGAUGGAUUUGUGUUAUAGUUUGUAAUUAUAUCUGUUUUUAGAUUUUUCUCUUGGUGGAGAUGACUCUCCGUUCACUUCAGUAAACUCAUCGAAUGAUCAACGUGAUCCACAGAACACCAGGGACAAUUCUAAUGUGAGUUUAACUAAAGAGACUUUUAGGGGUGAAAAGAAGUUUUCAGUUCUUAAAAUAAGUCUGUAUACAGACUUUAGAAGAUAUGCAAAUCUAAGCUCUAGAUGUGUAUAGGAUGUCAGUUUUAAAUUUUUAAAGAAAAUGUCUUAGUUGAUCGGCAGCGACUCACAAACUGAUGUAAAUACUCCGGGUCCUCACUUUCUGUCGUUCCAAUUCUACAAACAGUAUUUCGAUGUGGACACAGACACUGUACAAAGUCGUAUCUUGGGCAGUUUUGUUCCAAAAAUGAAUGGCAACUUCAUCAGAGACAAUGUUCAACCUACUGCGGAUUUGUACGGUGAGUUAGGUUGAAUUAGAGUGGACGACAUUAGUAGGUUUUUCAAAUUAUUCUGUGCUCAUCUCAAAGCUAAUUUUUGGGGUUAGGAGCUCAGAAUUAUUUGAGCAACCUAAUAUAUAUCUGAUUGUCUUUUGGGAGUGUUUACCUGUAUCUUGGGUUAUUUGAGUAAAUGAAGAUUAAUGUAACUUAGUUUGAUGUGUUGUGUUGAUUUGUGAAAUUUUUAUUUGAAUUAUGAUGAUUUCAGGACCAUUCUGGGUCAGUGUAACAUUGGUGUUCUUUGCCGCGAUCUGUGGAAACUUUGCUCAUUACAUUGACACACUUGGGGACACCUACACGGCUAAUGACUUCAGACUUGGUAGGUAUUUAAUUCUACAAAAUUUUGAUUGAAAACUGAGCUUAUAAUGACAUCUAUGGCUAGGUAAAAAUAAGAGGGAUCGAACAAAGAGUAAUAUGGAUUGUUUUAGUUACUGGAGUAGCGACUUUGAUCUUUUUGUACGUUACCUUCGUACCAUUGCUGGUAUACACGGUCUUAUGGUACAGACAAGCCGCGAUCCAAUACAGUUUUAUUGAAUUGUUGUGCACUUUCGGGUACAGUCUCAGCAUUUUCAUUCCGGUUUCGGUGAGUCUUUAUUUUUAACUCGUAUCAUAAUAUAAUGCUUAUUUUUAAGCAGGUUUACACAUUUUUUACUAUUUUAAUAAUUUAUUUUUUAAACAAGAUAAAACAAGUAUAUAUCUUUAUAAAACUUAAUUUAAGUUUUUGCGACAGUUGGUAAAAUACGGCUUCUAGUUGAUCUUAUUUCUAGAUUUUAUGGAUAAUUCACUUCCAAUUCUUCCGCUGGGGCCUUAUUAUCAUAUCAGUAGCCUUGAGUGGCACAGUUCUGGCUACAACUGUUUGGGAAGCUAUCAGAUCAGACAAAAACAAGCUGGUGGCCUUUGCGUUGGUCGGUGGUGUGAUAGUCUUACACUCGCUCUUGGCUAUCGGAAUUAAGGUAUAUUUAUACCCAGCUGAACCUACAUUUGAGCUGGCUCCUUUAACUACUGAAAAUGUUCUCUUGCUUGCUAAAUUAACUACUGUAUCUGUGGCUAGAAAUGUGUCUGUCUAAUUGUUUUUGAUUCAUAAAUGAUGUUUUAUGUCUUGAGGGAUUUAUUGAAUUAAGGUAAUGGUAAAACGAAAAUUGUAGAUAGUAGGAUGUCUGUGAUAUCAAUUAUGUCGUGAUGACCUAGUCUAAGGUCUAAAAUUUAUAUUUUUUUGCCUUCUUUUAGGUUGUUCAAAUAAUUUUGGGCCUUUUCCUAAAGGAAAGCUUUGUGGUUUGGGGCGCAUAAUUUUUUGGACAAUCUAAUAGGCCCAAACUGAGGUAUGGCAUCUUUUCUAAAUCUAUCGUCAAAUUCAAUCUAAAAAUUAAAAAAAACUUUAAAAAAAGUUGAAAAAAUAAAAUUUGAGAAUUCCAGGAGCUUUACUUCGAUACCGUGAUUCCAAAUGGCCAACCGGACGUCCCGAAACCUCUGGAUGUUCCAACUCGAGCAGCUUUAAUCGAAAGCAAGUCUGUGAAUCCGACUCCAGGAAAAGCGGAGAGUUUGGUCAGGAAGGACGAAUUUAAAUUACCAGAUUUAGUGAACAAGAACGGUACUGUAAAGACGGAAAAGAGAGAAACUGAAGUCCCAAAACUGGAGGUUGUAUCAAAAAAUGAAGCGAAAGAUGAAGGAACAACUAAAACUGAUGUUUCUAAAGAGGUUAAAGAAGAGAAGACGCCAGAAAAUGACGCUAAGGAUAAAGUAAAGGAUGAAAAAGAUGAAAAGAAGACUGAUGCGAAGGUCAACAAAGAAGAAAAGGAGUCUGAAACAGCUACAGUUGUAAGCGUUGUACCAGAACCAUCGGUCGAUAAGCCAGCUUUUAAGGUAACUGUUAAAAACACAACUUCUUCUGCCUAA